CUUCUUCGAUUCGCGUCUGCCCUCCAUCUGUCUCCUUCGAGUCGGUCAACUCCCCCUCAACCCCCUCCAACAACCAUAAACCCUUCUUCCUCACACCCAGCUCUCGAAUCAAUCAACAACACAACGGUAACAACAACAACUACCCCCACUCUCCUCACACGCCUCAACUAUGUCGCUCUUCGGAGGAGGAGCAGCAGCGACAAGCGCGGCCACACAGGCUGCGCAGGCCCAAGGUGACACCUCGAACGAUAUCCCCCUGCAGUCGCCGCCGGAGGACAGCAUCUCCGACAUCUCGUUUUCGCCCAUGUCGGAGCACCUCGCGGUCGCAAGUUGGGACAAGAAAGUGCGCAUCUAUGAGAUUGCUGCGGAUGGGAGCUCGGUUGGAAAGGCGAUGUUCGACCACGACGGCCCUGUUCUGUCGGUGACCUGGUCGAAGGAUGGAACAAAGGUUGUCUCGGGAGGCGCCGACAAGCAGGCAAAGCUAUUCGACGUCGCGACCGGCCAGUCGACGCAGGUGGCAGCUCACGAUCAGCCGAUAAAGUGUGUUCGGAUGAUCUCGAUGCCCAACGCCUCGGAGAUGCUGGUGACGGGCUCUUGGGACAAGAAACUCAAGUACUGGGAUCUAAGGACGCCAAACCCCGUCGCUGAGAUCGCCAUGCAGGACCGAGUUUACACUUUGGAUGUCGCCCAGGGUCUGAUGGUCGUUGGAACGGCUGAGCGAUACAUCAACAUAAUCAAUCUUGCCAACCCGACCUCCAUCUUCAAGACGAUGCAGAGUCCCCUGAAGUGGCAGACCCGGGUUAUUAGUUGUUUCCCGGACGCCUCUGGUUUCGCUGUCGGCAGUAUCGAAGGACGAUGUGCUAUUCAGUAUGUCGAUGACAAGAACUCCGGCAUGAACUUCUCCUUUAAAUGUCACCGCGAGAAUCCUACUGGAACCACGUCCACCACGAACGUCUACAGCGUAAACGCAAUCUCUUUCCAUCCGACCUAUGGAACCUUCUCCACUGCAGGUUCCGACGGAACCUUUCACUUCUGGGACAAGGACGCCAAGCACCGUCUCAAGGGCUACCCCUCUGUUGGCGGAACGAUCCCCACCACGGCGUUCAACCGGAACGGCUCGAUCUUUGCGUACGCAGUGUCGUAUGACUGGUCCAAAGGCCACUCGGGCAACAGCCCAAGUUAUCCCAACAAGGUCAUGCUGCACCCCAUCAAAGAGGACGAAGCGAAGCCUCGGCCUGCAGCGAAAAAGCGGUAGGCACGCUAGUACAUUGUAAGGAUGGGGGGACAACGUGGAGGUCACAGUGUGUGUGCGUAAUUCGAGUCGUUUUGUCGGGGCGUUUGUACUUCUAGCAUCAUGCUUUGUGGAAUGGAAAUAUCUCAAUCACAGCUGCUAUUGAGCUAGAGAUGGAGGUUGUGAAAAGCUUAAUGUAACGGCCUUGCAACUGUGAGCACAUUUGUAUAGGUAUGUAGGAC